AAGUAGGUCAGACAGUCUUCAAUUUCCUUUGCUUUGCUCGUCAUGGACAGCGGCACUUGGGUAGCACUGCUAGCAGCUCUUUGCGGCAUUUCUGCGGCACAGGACCCCAGCAUCUCAGUCUACUUCGGCUCGGGCUGCUUCUGGCACGUGCAGCAUGAAUUCAUCAAAGCCGAAGAGACCAUCCUGGGCCGCAAUGUGUCCAGUUAUACGUCACUGACCGGCUAUGCGGGAGGGAACCGCCUCAAUGCCAUGCAGAGUGCCUGCUACGACGACUACGGCCGCUUGGGACACACCGAGGUGGUUGGCUUCACCAUCCCGACCAGCAAGCUACCGGAUUUUUCGGUGGUCUUCUGGGACCUGUUUGUCGGACAAGACCGCGUUGAUGUCAUGGACAUUGGCCCCGAGUACCGUGCAGCCAUCGGUGUGCCGGGCGGCUUUGGGUCAGAGCUGAUGGAUGUGGUGAACGCCAGCCAAGCAGGGAGGGCCGCGCGUGAUGGCUGGUGGUUCGAGCUGAAGGCUGGACAGGGAGAUGAUCCCGACACCUUGGGGAAGGCGCUGGUGUGGGUCUAUGACACUGCGACAUAUCCCUUCAUCCAGGCCGAGGUCUAUCAUCAAUUCCAUGAUGACUUCCUUCCUGGAGGCAACUACCCGCAGUCCUACAACGCGCAUGUGACCACGCUUCUGGAGGAUGGCCGCAUCGUCCACACCGGAUGUCCCAGGGACCAGGCGGCUUACUCGCAUGCCUCUGCAGUGAUCUUGGCCUUCUCCUUCUUGGCUGUGACUGCGAUGCACAUCUAGACCGCUCGGCUGUCAUUUACCACCACGCUUUUCGGUGGUGCUGCGGGCGUGGUUCUGAGUGACAUGGUCGAGACUGGUUAGUAGGUAGGGUGAAUUAAGGAGGGGUGACCCCUUCUCAACCCUGUGAGAUAAGCAGGGUGGACGUUGACUUUAUUUCUUGUGGAAAUAGUCUGGACUACAACAGCAUACCAGUGGCGUGAAAGCCAUGGCAAGAACAACGGUGUGCUGAUAGAAUCUGAUAGACUGACCAAAGUGCCCGGUGUAGGGCGGGAUUUCGAACAUCGCAAGAGAGGCUUGCUUGAAGGGGUCGACGCUGAUAGACUUGACCGAUUCUAAUUUUUGCCCAUGGGAAGUUCCUGUUAGUUCUAAAAGAACUUCAGGACAGCCGGGGCAGCUCAGGCUGCUAAGAUCCAAUGUAAAGAGGAUUGAUCGCCAGCCACAAUCUUCGGAUUUGGUAGCCGGGAGCGAAGAUCAAGUCAACAGUGCCCCCCGAUGCUUUUCCUCGUUGGGGCC